AUGAUGUCUCCCAUUGCUUUUGCGAUUUUGUGUUUCGUAGCAGUUUUAUCUGCAUCACCUAUAAAGCCCGAGUCUCAUCACCCUCAUGAAUUUAUUAUUGCAAAAACUGAUUCCAAGGACUUGUCCGGGGAGGGGAAAUACAAAAUAAUUGAGAUUAUCCCAUUCUCCGAGACUGAAAACAAUUCUACAGGAUAUGUAGAAGAAACUACCACCAGUAAUUCAGAAACUAACAAACCAAGCUACGAGGAUAACAACAAUAACCAAGAAAAUUAUUCAGACCCACAAAAAGAAAAAUAUGCAAGGAUACUUGAAGCAGUUAAAGAAGCAGUGCCUGAAGAACAAAAAUAUAACGAACAAAAUCCCGAGCCAGAGCAUGAAAAGCGUCCUCAGAACCCGAAAGAAAAAAUCGAAAUACUACUUAAAACAGCAAAACCUGAAGUUCAGAAAUACGAUGAACAAAACCCUGACCCAACCAGCGAAAAGCAAAAUUCUGAGAAUGACCUGCCAGAAUACAAAAACUUUGAACCUCAAUAUUCGCAAGAUGUGCUCACUAGAGUAAUCGAUCACACGCACAAUGGACCGUCUUACGCGGAAAUCAUCGAGAUCCAACCUGAUUUAGAGACCUUGAAACACUAUAAAAUUAACACGCCACAAACUAGUGAAACACGAAACUCUGAAACAGAAGAUUCUGGAAAACCCAUUGUUGAAGUAAGAAAACCAAAAUAUGUGGUUCCCGAAGCACCAACAUUUACUACGAGAAUAUCUGUACCCCCUCUACCGAUUUCAUUGUCAUCUAUUCGUUCUAUGAUGAUACAUUGGCCUCGUGAAGUGCCAUCUAUCUUUAAGGCUCCCAGAAUUAUAUAUUUGAGACACCAGUAG